CCCCGGGCCAAUAAAAUGAUGCAAAGCUCUGCGCUCGCCGCCGAAGGGGCUGUCAAGGGGCUUCCCGAGAUCCUCGGUGUGCCGGUGCAACAGAUCCCGCAGUGCGCCGGCUGCAACCAGCACAUCCUGGACAAGUUCAUCCUCAAGGUGCUGGACCGCCACUGGCACAGCUCCUGCCUCAAGUGCGCCGACUGCCACAUGCAGCUGGCCGAGCGCUGCUUCUCCCGGGCCGGCAGCGUCUACUGCAAGGAGGAUUUCUUCAAGCGUUUCGGGACCAAAUGCACGGCGUGCCAGCAGGGCAUCCCCCCGACCCAGGUGGUGCGCAAGGCGCAGGACUUCGUGUACCACCUGCACUGCUUCGCCUGCAUCAUCUGCAGCCGCCAGCUGGCCACGGGCGACGAGUUCUACCUGAUGGAGGACGGCCGGCUGGUCUGCAAGGAGGACUACGAGACGGCCAAGCAGAACGAUGACUCCGAGGCGGGCGCGAAGCGGCCCCGGACCACGAUCACGGCCAAGCAGCUGGAGACGCUGAAGAACGCCUACAAAAACUCCCCCAAGCCCGCCCGCCAUGUGCGGGAGCAGCUCUCCUCCGAGACGGGGCUGGACAUGAGGGUCGUGCAGGUGUGGUUCCAGAACCGGCGGGCCAAGGAGAAGCGGCUCAAGAAGGACGCGGGGCGGCAUCGCUGGGGGCAGUUCUACAAGAGCGUGAAGCGGAGCCGCGGGGGAGCGAAGCUGGACAAGGAGAGCUCGGCCGAGGACUGCGGCGUCAGCGACAGCGAGCUGAGCUUCCGCGACGAGCAGAUCCUCUCCGAGCUCGGCCACAACAACAGCAGCAGCAGGGUGUACGGCUCCGUGGGGGACGUGGCGGGCGGACAGUUGCUCAACGGCGGCUUCUCCAUGGAAGGCACGGGACAGACGUACCAGGACUUGCGGGACGGGAGCCCCUACGGCCUCCCGCAGUCGCCGUCCUCCAUCUCGUCGCUGCCGGCGCACGGGCCCUUGCUCAACGGGCUGGACUACGGCCUGGACGGCGGGCUGGGGCUGGCGCCCGGCGCGCAGGGGGUGAGUCACACGCUGCGGGCCAUGGCCGGGGGGGGCCCCACCUCCGACAUCUCCACGGGCAGCAGCGUGGGGUACCCAGACUUUCCCACCAGCCCGGCCUCCUGGCUGGACGACAUGGAUCACCCUCCCUUCUAA